UUUAUUACUACUAGGUGGUUGCCAAAAAUGUUUGUUAUAAAAUUGUAAUACAAGUAAAUAGAAAUCAAUUUUGCUGAAGGUUAUUUUUCUUUAACUAAUUAUAUUAAGCGAUUUUCCUUUCGCAUCACUAAAUACACGUGUCUAACAUAUAGAAGUUGCCAAUAUUGAAAUUAUCAAUCAUCAUAUCGGUGGUGUGUAUGAAAAGUGUGUAAAAAAUCUUGAUAAACUUAAUAUAGAAACGUUGCAGAUUUCUGAAUGAGAGAAAAACAAAUCAAUCACAAUAACAGUGCGAGUUACGUGUGACCCUUGGGUUAAUGAAAUAAUACGAAAACAAAGCCUAAUAAUAAUAAAAUUAUCGUACAAUAACACAUAUUGUUAAAUGAGUGAAAAACAAGCAGCGAUGGUAAUAAUCUAUAAUCACGAUAUUCUCUUAGAAACAAGAACAAUAUAUAUGCAUUCCAGUAAGCAUCCAUUUAAAUGUAAAAGUGACCGUUCUCAUGUUAACUUCACCAUGUACCUGAAUAAAGUGGAUGGUCAAAAACAGGAAAAGUUGUGUUACAGCGGACAAAAGUGCCAGAAAAUACCAGAAGCAAUAGUGAAGCUAUAUGGUACCAAAGUGCACAGCUUGGAUUUGAGUUACAAUGAAUUAGUGUCCUUGAAAGGGCUCGAAGGUUUUCCCUUGCUUCGUGAUUUAGUUUUAGACAACAAUCAACUUUCUGAUUCUUUAGUAUUACCCUACUUGCCAUACCUCCACACGUUAUCUUUAAAUAAAAAUAACAUUUAUGAUUUAGAAUCUCUUUUAAUUAAAAUUCGACAUAAUCUUCCGGUGCUAAACUAUCUCAGCCUUUUAGGAAAUAAAGCAUGUCCAAAUAAACUCUCAAAUAUAGACACAGAUGAAGAAGAUUACCAAAGAUACAGGUACUAUGUGCUGUAUCAGUUGCCUAAUUUGAAAUUUCUGGACUCGACGAAAGUGACGGAUUCUGAAAGAAGAGAAGCUAGACGAAGUGGUCAAUUUAUGAAAAUUAUAAGGCCGACGUUCAACAACGAAAAUGAAAAUUCAAAUAGCGACGUUUUCGACACGUUCACACCUUUGCCCAAAAAUAUCAGACGUCCUGAUGAUUACAAAGGAUCUUAUGGCAAAUGUAAAUAUCGUUACAGUGGGAAGCACUCAGAAGGCAACAGAUUUAUUUCAAAUAGUGAUUUGUAAUUAAGUUUGCUUCUAUUUUUUAUUAUUCUCAUGUUUGCAAUUGUGCUUUAAUUUUUUGAUAUUAUUGUAAUCUUAAUUUGAUUAGUUAUUUAUUGUAUACAUAUUAAUAAACAUUUAAAAUAUG